ACUGACAGUGUUUUGUUAUCAAGAGAAGGGAGGAAUUUAAUCUGUCCUGCUAUCAGAUUUAAAGCAUUUUUUACCGAUACUGAUUCAUUGAUCAAACCCUAAUCAAUGUAUCUCUUCAAUGUUCAUAUACUAUCAAUGUAUUCCACAUAAAAUGUUAAACGUGGUAUAACGAUUAGUCAUGUUACGAAGAACGUAUAACCUACGUACGAUGUUUCUAACGUAACGUCUCAACAUAAUUAUCGUUUGAGAAUUAAACAACCAACUGAUUAAAUGAUGAGAGAUGCGUACCAAAGGUCUGCUAUUGUUGCUCAUCUGCAUAGCAGGCAGCAGCAUUAUUUUUAUUGCUUUCAGUAAUCAACGACCUUCCAUUCAAACUCUGGUUACAGAGACACACAAGCAACUGCGAAGCUUCCAGGAAAACUUAAAAGAUGUGGAGGAGAAGCGUUUGGUAACAGAUUCUAAGUAUCUUGCGAUGCUUGGUCUGGAUGGACAAACUAGCACAACACCUUUUAGUUAUAAGUCUCAAAAUGUGACUGUUGUAUCUCUUAUAAGGCCUGGAAGUGAACAAAAUAUUUAUGGCUUUGUGAGAAACGUCAAUCAUUUUUUGCCAAAUAAUAGUAUUAUCAUUUAUAGUGUUGGAUUAAACGAUGAUUCUUUGCAAAAUAUUAGAACACCUUGUAAUUCUACAAAAUGCAAUGUGAUUCAUUUUGAUAUAAGUCAGUUUCCAACUCACGUCGAAGAUGAUAGACUGCAUGUUUAUAGACCUUUAGUUAUUCAGACAGCUUUAAACACAUUGGGAAACAUAUUGUAUAUGGACUCAAAUAUCCGUUUGAAUUCGUCUGAAAUUGCAAAAUAUCUUUUACCAAAAUCUGGAAUUUUGGCUUGGCCUACAAGGCAUGCAAUUAGCUCUUUAACGCAUCCAAAGAUGUAUGAAUAUUUUCACGUUUCUGCUGAAAGUUUUUUCUUUCUGCCUUUAAUAAGAGCAUCACAUUUAGUGAUUAGGAAUAUUAAAGAAAUUAGGGAAAAAGUAAUGUUGCCAUGGGUGCAAUGCGCGCUGACAAGAGAUUGUAUUUGUCCCAUUGGAGCUCAAUCAGCAGGCUGUCGAUUUAAUAAGAAACCACAAUACCGGUAUUCCGGUUGUCACGCGUAUGACGCUUCUGCACUGAAUAUCGUACUCGGAUUGCAUUUCAAUUUUGACGAUACGUACUACGUUCAUCAAGAACGAGAAACGUACUUUAAUAAAAUCCAACCCGAAGAAAUCACGGAAGAGUAUCUUCUAAUUACGAGACAGAACAAUGCGACCGAGUCAAACUUAAGAAACAUCAUAUCAAACGAACGUUAACUUCUCUGAGAUCUCUAUUUAAAAUCAAGAACUAAGUGAUACGUCGAUCAAGCACAAGUUAAUAUAAGCGUAACUAAUAAGUUAAGAAACAAAUAAAGACUUCAAUCGAGAAACUGUGUUUUCUUCAACGAAUAA